ACUGGGGUGAGUGAGCCCCCUUUGCCAGCCUCUUCGACCUCAGCCUCAGGGAGCCUCAGGACCCAGGCACUGAAGGAACAAGGUCUGACCCCAUCUGUCACUGUGGAGCCUCCUCUGCAGGGACAGAAGGACAUGGCCUGGAAACCAACAGCACCUCUGCUGCUGCUGGCCUGGCUUUCAGCCGCCACGUGCAGUGCCCGAGAUGGGACAGAGCUGCUCAACGUCUGCAUGGACGCCAAACACCACAAGGCCAAGCCAGGCCCUGAGGACAAGCUGCAUGACCAGUGCAGUCCCUGGAGGAAGAACGCCUGCUGCUCCCCCAGCACCAGCCAGGAGCUGCACAAGGACUCCUCCCUCCUGUACAACUUUAACUGGGACCACUGUGGCAAGAUGGAGCCCGCCUGCAAGCGCCACUUCAUCCAGGACACCUGCCUGUAUGAGUGCUCCCCCAACCUGGGGCCCUGGAUCCAGCAGGUGAACCAGAGCUGGCGCAAAGAACGCUUCCUGAACGUGCCCCUGUGCAGAGAGGACUGUGAGAGCUGGUGGGAAGACUGCCGCACCUCCUACACCUGCAAGACCGACUGGCACAAGGGCUGGAACUGGACCUCAGGAUCUAACAAGUGUCCAGCUGAGGCUGUCUGCCGCACUUUCGAGUUCUACUUCCCCACACCUGUAGCCCUGUGUGAGGGCAUCUGGAGUCACUCCUACAAAGUCAACAAGUACAGUCGAGGGAGUGGGCGCUGCAUCCAGAUGUGGUUUGACCCAGCGCAGGGCAAUCCCAAUGAGGAGGUAGCGAGGUUCUAUGCCAUGACCAUGAAUUCUAGGGCCCAGACCCAUGGGAUUGGGCCUCUCCUGCUCAGCCUGACCCUGAUGCUCCAACUCUGCCUCCUUGGCUGAAUCCAGCUCUUCUCGUAUGCCCCUUCUGCCUGUGCCCAGCUUUGAGGUGCCGUUUCAGCUCAGCUCAGGUGCACAGAUGAGGGAGCCCUAAGCAUGGUUCCAUCCAUUACCCACCUGUCAUCCAGUUCCCGUUCUAUGGUGGGGCUUGGGGUUUCUCUGCCAGCCCGUUCUAAUAAAUAGACGGACAUA